UUCCCGCCUUGUGCUUCAUAAGCGCCCCGCACGAGACUCGCACGACAGAAGCAAUUCAUUUGAAGAAGACGUCGCACAGCUCCACGGAUUAACUAGGAGAAAACAUAUCAUAUUUGUCAACCAUGAAUCGGAUCAACUUCUUCACGCUGGCGAUCUGCACACUUGUGGGCUAUGUGCUAUGCACUCCAACGGGUGAGACAGACUGUCAGCGUCGUCGUCGCAAUGAGCAGAGUGCCACGGGAAACCGGACUGGUCUACUGGUCCCCGAAUGUGACGAGCACGGAAACUACAAGCCAAUACAGUGCUUCGGUGAAACCAUCCGGGGAAGACGCUUUUGCGCCUGCUACGACAAGGAGUUCGGUCAGAUCAAGGGUCCGUCGAGGAGCCUCAGGUCGUGCAACUGCGUCGUGGCAUACCAUGAGUGGGAACACACACCGGCUUCGGAGCGAGGAUCGGAACCACACUGCAACGCCACCUCUGGAGAAUACAACCCGGUGCAAUGCAACACCACUGACCACUGGUGUGUAGAAACCGACUCUGGUCGACUCCUGGGCGCAAAGAUGCAUGGUGGAUGUUCUACCGACCUGUCUAACAUCUCAUGCGGUAUCGACGGAACACACCACGGACACCAUGGCUCUCACGGUCAAUCUCCCCACGGCUCUCACAGCGAUUCGCACCACGGCACUCACGCUGACCCUCACACAGACGCAUCUCACCAAAGCUCAUCUCACGAUGGUCACAGUUCUUGAUUCUGUAGUAUCUCUGACUCCACCCCGUGGCACCUCUGGUUAUACUGCCCACAAUGAGUCAAUCCAACAGGGCUUCUAGGGUUGAUCUCACCGCAGCAGCUAUGAAAUAUAAAGCGGAAUUUCUCCUGAAACUCAUAACUGGAUCGUACAAAGUGUUUGCGGCAUACGCUUCUGAAUCAAUGAAUAAGAACAGCUCAUAAAUGCCACAAUGUAUUCAAUUAUUUGUAGAACGUGUGUUGUACGUAAUAAAACAAAAAACUAAUUUUGUCA